UGGCAACUCCUGGACAUUGUGCGCCCCUUCUCACAUUCCCUUCUGUCCUCGCAACCGCCGACAACUUCGCCUCUGUUCAAAGUGCCCUCAGCAUGCAGUAAGAGGCCAUCUGUUGAACCGACUGUCUCAAACCAGAGCGCAGUAUUUUCGGACGCCAACUCUGGCUCCUUCCUCGCCUGGACCUCACCACUCCCCUCUAAAGUCCUGUCCAGUUCCUCGCGGGUUGACGGUGCUACUUACAGCGGCGAUCUCUUUGCCGCCUCCAGCGACUCCAUCCUUACCACGGACCUGCCCGCCGGCGAUGACAGAGACCAGGUCAAGGGAGCUGCGGAUUCUGUAAUCAAUCCUUCCCCCGGUCCAAGUCCACCGCAGCCUGGUUCGCCUGUUCCGGCGCAAGCGAUAUCACCGUCCCCUGAAUCGGCUUUACCUGAGCCAAACAAUUAUCCGUGCGCGUCUAUCGUCCCUGCGCCAGCUGAUGAUCACCACCUUUUUCCAAGUAUUUGUGAUCGUAUGCCUUCGCCAUUGCCAACUGCUGAUCAGCCAUCUUUUUCGCCAUCCCCACCCGGCCGGGUCCCAUCCCCAUCAGAUGCUGGUUUUCAAGUUGCCCCGGCCAUCAUCCCACCGACGCCGCAGGAAUUUAACCAUAUGCCCUCAUCGGAGCCAGAGUUUUACGCCUCAGAUCCACCUGCCUUUGAGUCACCGCCACCUGCCGAUGAAUGCAUUCCUUCGCCGCCAUCACCGUCACCCUUAGAUAUGUCCUGCUUUUUCGAUGCCUCAAUACCGGCACCACUGGCGAAGCGCCUGCGUAUGACCGAGGAGGCUAAUUCACAGUCUAUCAUCAGUUCCGAACAUCAAUCUGCUCCUUCCUCGCCCGUUAGACAUCCAAAUAAAUCUUCACCAUUAGAGGGCCAUGUUGACUGCAUUAAUGUUGACUCGGAUGAAGGCGAUAUGUCUUCAUCUCAGCCGGUUCUGAGUUCGCACACACCGCUGAGAAGACCAGGUCAUAACAGGCCAUCAAAUUCAAUCAUCAGCUUCUCACCCAUCACACCAAAGCCGGCCUACGAGCAGAUGCCGACGCCAAAUCUACAGAAAGCCCUUUCGGAGUAUGGAUUACGCAACCUUCCGAAAAAGAAAGCAAUUCGCAUACUGAAUCACAUCUAUGAAGAACUUCACCCAUAUAUCGAGGUCCCAUCCGUCGUAAUGGAAGAGGUUUUGCAGGCCUCACCAACACGUGCAAAUUCCAUUACGCCGCCGCUGGCUGGAAGUCCCGACGUAGAUAAAGAAAACGCUUCAUCCUCGAUCUCUCAGGUGGGCAUCGGCGGUCUAUCCUACCCUGGUUUGUCUCCAGAUUCUAAAACCACCGAGAGUGAAUCAGCCAACAAUUUCGCCUCUUCUACUCCCUUAAAGGCGCUGCUCGGGAAAGCACACAAAUGUGUGGAGAAGACCCAGAACGCUGAAAUUCAACAAAAAGUAUAUGAGUACUUACGGAUGAACAAUGAUAUCUACUUCAACAUUGUCACGUACAAGCCGCUUGAACUAGACUGUCUGCAUGCACUCCUCCGCGACGCUGGCAUCAAACUAGGACUCAAUCGACUCAUGAGUAUGCUAGACGAAUGGGUAAGCACACGCAAAAUUAUUAGACGUUUUUAUAACUUGAUUACAAACAAUAUCCCAGCAUCGACUAGGAGAUCCACAACUCAGCCCUGGCGCCUUAAUGAUAUUAAUUGUACUCUUAUUGAUAUCUUCUGUCACUGCUACUUUAAAAUUAGAUUUCCACUAAAAUUGAUUUUCCUCAAAAUCCAUCGAGCUGCUCAUAUCAUCAAAAGCCACACAUACAGUUAUUAA